AGAAUGUUACUCAUAACUUUCCUCUCGAUGCUUCUUAUGUGCACAUUUCAAAAAGGGGAGUCGUCUUCGUGGCCCCUUGACAUAGAGAACGAGUGCACGAAACUUAUCAAAGAAGGAGGAAAAAUUGCAUGCAAUCUCACAGGAGAAGGAGAUUAUGACCGGAUGAGUAUCUCAAAUUGUUGGGUGACUUGCAAGCAAGGCUCCAAUAUGUUCAUGUUACCACAUGUUGAAUGCCAACGAGUCCUGGGAUCUGAAUCCUGGGCGGGAUACCAGAAGGUGUACGGUGAACUACCGCCAUACGGAUUUCAGCGAAAUAUUUUAGAUGCCAAAUCUGUAGGAAAGAAAACCUUCACAAGCAAGAGCGAUUUACCACAAAAUUUAUAA